AUGACCAAGUUCUCAAAUGGAUGGAGGGAGAGGUAUCGCUCGAGUCGUAACGAGACGGAGAGGUAUCGCUCGAGUCGUAACGAGACGGAGAGGUAUCGCUCGAGUCGUAACGAGACGGAGAGGUAUCGCUCGAAUCGUAACGAGACGGAGAGGUAUCGCUUGAGUCGUAACGAGACGGAGAGGUAUCGCUCGAGUCGUAACGAGACGGAGAGGUAUCGCUCGAGUCGUAGCGAGACGGAGAGGUAUCGCUCGAGUCGUAGCGAGACGGAGAGGUAUCGCUCGAGUCGUAGCGAGACGGAGAGGUAUCGCUCGAGUCGUAGCGAGACGGAGAGGUAUCGCUCGAGUCGUAGCGAGGCGGAGAGGUAUCGCUCGAGUCGUAGCGAGGCGGAGAGGUAUCGCUCGAGUCGUAGCGAGGCGGAGAGGUAUCGCUCGAGUCGUAGCGAGGCGGAGAGGUAUCCCUCGAGUCGUAGCGAGGCGGAGAGGUAUCGCUCGAGUCGUAACGAGACGGAGAGGUAUCGCUCGAGUCGUAACGAGACUGAGAGGUAUCGCUCGAGUCGUAGCGAGACGGAGAGGUAUCGCUCGAGUCGUAGCGAGACGGAGCUUUUUAGGGCCUUCCUCUGA